GAUAAUAAUAAUGUAGACCUAAGACCUUAACAUAGGCAGUAAUAGGCCGACAAUGUAGGCAAACACUAGGUUAUAUUAGCCAGGGAGAACUGGCAGCCCAAGUUUGAAUGUUGGGGCACGGGUUUUGGGACCGCCGUGCUUUGCUUCUGAGAUCAGACACCGUCUGAGCAACAAGUGCCGUGAACAUUUGGGCGGUGCUCCACGUGUCUACACAUACUAGGCCCUGGGGAAAUUUAGUGGAGGCACCUAGAUGUAACGUAGAUGACCUCCUCCGUCAGGCCCAUACAACCGAACAUGAGGUCCUCCAUCAACUGCUGUUUGAUGGGUCUCACCAUCCUUCGACAUGAUCGUCACCACCACCUCGAUCCUCAUGUUUGGACUCACUGAGAUCGGCGAGUACACCAAGACCAUAACUUGGUACACAGAAGGCGUCUUCCAGCGCGUCACCCCGUUUGUUUUCCCCCUCGCUCUUAUAGCCCAGACUGGGUCAGUCUACCUCACAGUUACCGUGACGGUAGAGCGGUACGUCGUUGUCUGCUGGCCGCUACGAGCUCGCUCUCUAUGCACCUAUGGGCGUGCGAAAAUCUACGUUAUAAGCGUGGCUUUCUUCUCCAUUAUAUACAACAUUCCCAGGUUUUGGGAAGUUUCUUAUCAGGAAUGCUACAUGAACGGUGAAAAGUCCUCCUUCGUAGUAGCGUCAGAGUUACGACUAAAUCAAUAUUACAUUGAGAUCUACAUAAUGUGGAUGUACCUUAUUGUGAUGUAUCUGGUGCCCUUUCUCAGUCUUAUAGUCUUCAAUUUCUUCAUCUAUCAAAAGGUUCGUGCAGCCAACCUGGAGAGGCAGCACAUGAGUCGACUUCAGCAGAAAGAGAUCAGCUUGGCGGUGAUGCUGUUGGUGGUCGUGACGGUGUUCUUCGUCUGCAAUGUUCUCGCCUUUAUAAUCAACAUCUUGGAGCUGCUGAACAUUACCAUCGGCUUACUGACCAUGGCUAGUAACCUCCUAGUCACUAUCAACUCCUCUGUCAACUUCAUAAUCUACUGCAUCUUCAGUAAGAGGUUCCGAAAGCUUUUCUUGAAGAUGCUAUGCUCGGGUGUUUUGUCCAGGGUCAUGAGAAGGAAUGUGGCCAGGGGCUCGACAGCCUUCAGAAACAACAGCGCCUAUGGGGACUCCCGAAAGCUAUCCAGUAGCAGAACGACUCAAAUUUUCCGACUUUCAUCGAGACACGGAUCACAAUCAUCGGAUAGUGUCUGACACUUCAUAACAUCUACGACCACCAA